AUGGCACUGGCAGGGCUUACGUUUUUGGCGUGUGUUUUGUCGACACAGGCGUUCCCAACUCUAGGAUCCCUUGGCCAUGGCGUCGGUCUCACGAGUGACAUAUUAGCCGUACUCGGAGGAGGCCAUGGAAUCUCUUUUGAUGUUCUCUCUAACGCUCUUCUCUCAGCGUUUGGUUCCGGUGGUAACGACGGCGCAUCUGAACUAGUGGCAAAGACCUUUGUAAACAGCGUAGAGAAUUGCGACUGCAAGAAAUCAUACAUCACUGAUGAUUUCGUAGCUGCAUUCAAAUCGGCUCUUGCAGCUAAGAAAGCGAAGGAUGGCCUUGCGUUAAAGACUUGUAUAGAGGCCUUUAAGUCUGCCGCGAGGACUUGUAAUGUCAAAGACGCUACGCUACCCACGAAUUUUCUAACGACAUUCAAAUCAGCGCUUGGAAGCAAGAAGAGCGCGUUACCUGGUGGUUUCUUCGACAUUUUCAAUAAGAGCUUGAAUGCAGGUGGAACUCUUGGAGGUAUAAGUGGAGGUUCUGGUAUAUCCGUUGAUGUGUUUCUGAAGGCUAUUUUCUCGGUAUUCGGAGCCAAAGAAAAAAUCACACACGACAUCUUUCAGAAUUGUCCGUUCAUUUGGAAAAUGAAGGCCUUCCUAUUUCUUCCUACUUGUAAAAAGGCUUUCGACAAGUCAAAGCAACGAUGGCUAUUUUCUCGGCAUUCGGACCAAAGAAGAAUCACACACGACAUCUUUCAUAAGUGUCUCGAUUCAUUUGGAAAAUGCAAAGGCCUUCCUGACAAUUUCAUUCCUACUUGUAAAAAGGCUUUCGACAAGUGCAAAGGCAACGAUGGUACUGCAUCGCUGGACUCAUUUAUUCCCGCUUUCAAGAAUGAGUGUGGUUGGAAGUCCGUUCCUCUACCUUGCUUAAAAGCAAUUCAGUCUCCAGAUAAUCAAGGAGCGUUCCCCAAUGGAUUUUGUGAUAAAUUAAAAGGUCUAAUUCCAGGGUUUGGUGAUAUAAAGGGAUUAGGAGAUAAAACCCUGCCGAAUUCAAAUUUAGGAGAUUCAGGAAUAUCUGUUGAUGUGUUCCUGAAGGCUAUUUUCUCGGCAUUCGGAGCCAAAGAAAGAAUCACACACGACAUCUUUCAGAAGUGUCUCGAUUCAUUUGGAAAAUGCAAAGGCCUUCCUGACAAUUUCAUUCCUACUUGUAAAAAGGCUUUCGACAAGUGCAAAGGCAACGAUGGUACUGCAUCGCUGGACUCAUUUAUUCCCGCUUUCAAGAAUGAGUGUGGUUGGAAGUCCGUUCCUCUACCUUGCUUAAAAGCAAUUCAGUCUCCAGAUAAUCAAGGAGCGUUCCCCAAUGGAUUUUGUGAUAAAUUAAAAGGUCUAAUUCCAGGGUUUGGUGAUAUAAAGGGAUUAGGAGAUAAAACCCUGCCGAAUUCAAAUUUAGGAGAUUCAGGAAUAUCUGUUGAUGUGUUCCUGAAGGCUAUUUUCUCGGCAUUCGGAGCCAAAGAAAGAAUCACACACGACAUCUUUCAUAAGUGUCUCGAUUCAUUUGGAAAAUGCAAAGGCCUUCCUGACAAUUUCAUUCCUACUUGUAAAAAGGCUUUCGACAAGUGCAAAGGCAACGAUGGUACUGCAUCGCUGGACUCAUUUAUUCCCGCUUUCAAGAAUGAGUGUGGUUGGAAGUCCGUUCCUCUACCUUGCUUAAAAGCAAUUCAGUCUCCAGAUAAUCAAGGAGCGUUCCCCAAUGGAUUUUGUGAUAAAUUAAAAGGUCUAAUUCCAGGGUUUGGUGAUAUAAAGGGAUUAGGAGAUAAAACCCUGCCGAAUUCAAAUUUAGGAGAUUCAGGAAUAUCUGUUGAUGUGUUCCUGAAGGCUAUUUUCUCGGUAUUCGGAGCCAAAGAAAGAAUCACACACGACAUCUUUCAGAAGUGUCUCGAUUCAUUUGGAAAAUGCAAAGGCCUUCCUGACAAUUUCAUUCCUACUUGUAAAAAGGCUUUCGACAAGUGCAAAGGCAACGAUGGCACUGCAUCGCUGGACUCAUUUAUUCCCGCUUUCAAGAAUGAGUGUGGAUGGAAGUCCGUUCCUCUACCUUGUUUAAAAGCAAUUCAGUCUCCAGAUAAUCAAGGAGCGUUCCCCAAUGGAUUUUGUGAUAAAUUAAAAGGUCUAAUUCCAGGGUUUGGUGAUAUAAAGGGAUUAGGAGAUAAAACCCUGCCGAAUUCAAAUUUAGGAGAUUCAGGAAUAUCUGUUGAUGUGUUCCUGAAGGCUAUUUUCUCGGUGUUCGGAGCCAAAGAAAGAAUCACACACGACAUCUUUCAGAAGUGUCUCGAUUCAUUUGGAAAAUGCAAAGGCCUUCCUGACAAUUUCAUUCCUACUUGUAAAAAGGCUUUUGACAAGUGCAAAGGCAACGAUGGUACUGCAUCGCUGGACUCAUUUAUUCCCGCUUUCAAGAAUGAGUGUGGUUGGAAGUCCGUUCCUCUACCUUGCUUAAAAGCAAUUCAGUCUCCAGAUAAUCAAGGAGCGUUCCCCAAUGGAUUUUGUGAUAAAUUAAAAGGUCUAAUUCCAGGGUUUGGUGAUAUAAAGGGAUUAGGAGAUAAAACCCUGCCGAAUUCAAAUUUAGGAGAUUCAGGAAUAUCUGUUGAUGUGUUCCUGAAGGCUAUUUUCUCGGUAUUCGGAGCCAAAGAAAGAAUCACACACGACAUCUUUCAGAAGUGUCUCGAUUCAUUUGGAAAAUGCAAAGGCCUUCCUGACAAUUUCAUUCCUACUUGUAAAAAGGCUUUCGACAAGUGCAAAGGCAACGAUGGCACUGCAUCGCUGGACUCAUUUAUUCCCGCUUUCAAGAAUGAGUGUGGAUGGAAGUCCGUUCCUCUACCUUGUUUAAAAGCAAUUCAGUCUCCAGAUAAUCAAGGAGCGUUCCCCAAUGGAUUUUGUGAUAAAUUAAAAGGUCUAAUUCCAGGGUUUGGUGAUAUAAAGGGAUUAGGAGAUAAAACCCUGCCGAAUUCAAAUUUAGGAGAUUCAGGAAUAUCUGUUGAUGUGUUCCUGAAGGCUAUUUUCUCGGUGUUCGGAGCCAAAGAAAAAAUCACACACGACAUCUUUCAGAAGUGUCUCGAUUCAUUUGGAAAAUGCAAAGGCCUUCCUGACAAUUUCAUUCCUACUUGUAAAAAGGCUUUCGACAGGUGCAAAGGCAACGAUGGUACUGCAUCGCUGGACUCAUUUAUUCCCGCUUUCAAGAAUGAGUGUGGUUGGAAGUCCGUUCCUCUACCUUGCUUAAAAGCAAUUCAGUCUCCAGAUAAUCAAGGAGCGUUCCCCAAUGGAUUUUGUGAUAAAUUAAAAGGUCUAAUUCCAGGGUUUGGUGAUAUAAAGGGAUUAGGAGAUAAAACCCUGCCGAAUUCAAAUUUAGGAGAUUCAGAAAUAUCUGUUGAUGUGUUCCUGAAGGCUAUUUUCUCGGUGUUCGGAGCCAAAGAAAAAAUCACACACGACAUCUUUCAGAAGUGUCUCGAUUCAUUUGGAAAAUGCAAAGGCCUUCCUGACAAUUUCAUUCCUACUUGUAAAAAGGCUUUCGACAGGUGCAAAGGCAACGAUGGUACUGCAUCGCUGGACUCAUUUAUUCCCGCUUUCAAGAAUGAGUGUGGUUGGAAGUCCGUUCCUCUACCUUGCUUAAAAGCAAUUCAGUCUCCAGAUAAUCAAGGAGCGUUCCCCAAUGGAUUUUGUGAUAAAUUAAAAGGUCUAAUUCCAGGGUUUGGUGAUAUAAAGGGAUUAGGAGAUAAAACCCUGCCGAAUUCAAAUUUAGGAGAUUCAGGAAUAUCUGUUGAUGUGUUCCUGAAGGCUAUUUUCUCGGUAUUCGGAGCCAAAGAAAGAAUCACACACGACAUCUUUCAGAAGUGUCUCGAUUCAUUUGGAAAAUGCAAAGGCCUUCCUGACAAUUUCAUUCCUACUUGUAAAAAGGCUUUCGACAAGUGCAAAGGCAACGAUGGCACUGCAUCGCUGGACUCAUUUAUUCCCGCUUUCAAGAAUGAGUGUGGAUGGAAGUCCGUUCCUCUACCUUGUUUAAAAGCAAUUCAGUCUCCAGAUAAUCAAGGAGCGUUCCCCAAUGGAUUUUGUGAUAAAUUAAAAGGUCUAAUUCCAGGGUUUGGUGAUAUAAAGGGAUUAGGAGAUAAAACCCUGCCGAAUUUAAAUUUAGGAGAUUCAGGAAUAUCUGUUGAUGUGUUCCUGAAGGCUAUUUUCUCGGUGUUCGGAGCCAAAGAAAAAAUCACACACGACAUCUUUCAGAAGUGUCUCGAUUCAUUUGGAAAAUGCAAAGGCCUUCCUGACAAUUUCAUUCCUACUUGUAAAAAGGCUUUCGACAGGUGCAAAGGCAACGAUGGUACUGCAUCGCUGGACUCAUUUAUUCCCGCUUUCAAGAAUGAGUGUGGUUGGAAGUCCGUUCCUCUACCUUGCUUAAAAGCAAUUCAGUCUCCAGAUAAUCAAGGAGCGUUCCCCAAUGGAUUUUGUGAUAAAUUAAAAGGUCUAAUUCCAGGGUUUGGUGAUAUAAAGGGAUUAGGAGAUAAAACCCUGCCGAAUUCAAAUUUAGGAGAUUCAGAAAUAUCUGUUGAUGUGUUCCUGAAGGCUAUUUUCUCGGUGUUCGGAGCCAAAGAAAAAAUCACACACGACAUCUUUCAGAAGUGUCUCGAUUCAUUUGGAAAAUGCAAAGGCCUUCCUGACAAUUUCAUUCCUACUUGUAAAAAGGCUUUCGACAGGUGCAAAGGCAACGAUGGUACUGCAUCGCUGGACUCAUUUAUUCCCGCUUUCAAGAAUGAGUGUGGUUGGAAGUCCGUUCCUCUACCUUGCUUAAAAGCAAUUCAGUCUCCAGAUAAUCAAGGAGCGUUCCCCAAUGGAUUUUGUGAUAAAUUAAAAGGUCUAAUUCCAGGGUUUGGUGAUAUAAAGGGAUUAGGAGAUAAAACCCUGCCGAAUUCAAAUUUAGGAGAUUCAGGAAUAUCUGUUGAUGUGUUCCUGAAGGCUAUUUUCUCGGUAUUCGGAGCCAAAGAAAGAAUCACACACGACAUCUUUCAGAAGUGUCUCGAUUCAUUUGGAAAAUGCAAAGGCCUUCCUGACAAUUUCAUUCCUACUUGUAAAAAGGCUUUUGACAAGUGCAAGGGCAACGAUGGUACCGCAUGGCUGAACUCGUUCAUUCCCGCUUUCAAAGAUGAGUCUGGAUGGAAGUCCGUGCCUUUACCUUGCUUAAAAGCAAUUAAGUCGCCAGAGAAUCGAUUAGUGUUCCCCAGUGGAUUUUCGGAUAAAUUAAAAGAUUUCGGUCCAGGAUUUGAUAAUGUUAGUCCACAAAGCCCUAAUGCGCCGAAAGAUGCAGACAUUACUAACACUACCUUUACAUCUGAAGACUCCGCUUUAACGCCGAAUAGUAAUUCACAAGACUCCAAAACUAUAUCUACUAAAGAACCCGGAGGUGAGAAUACUGCUCACACCGACACAACUGUGUCGGUACCUGGGGGUGAUGGUUUUGCCCAGCCAGGUACCACCGUAGCACCUAGAACUGAUAACGGAAAAACAGGCACAAAUGAAACAAUUGUUACCGGCAACACUAGUACAACUGCAACGACCGAAGCUCCUACCACAUCAAGUGACAAUUCUUCAGACCAAACCAGUGCCUUGCCACCUCAAGAUGCUCCUGUCAAAGCGGAGGAUUUAGCUGAUGGUGACGCAAACGAUUCUGAUAGAGACGGUACUAAUGGCAGUAGUGGUAAUACUAAUUCUACUAACGGAGUUGCUGAUGGUGCCAACGAUGCAACUGGUGAAGUAACCUCCAAAGAUGGAGGUAAAAUUUCAGCAGACAUUAAAGCUGGAGGUAGCGCCACUAAAGACUCGACCGGUACAGAAUCUAAAAAUUCAAAUUUGUUAGGAUUAAAUUUGGGUCAUUAA